UUGGCCUAACUAACUAGGGGACUAAAUAAAAAUAAACGAAAAGGAUUUAAAACGAUAAUCGGUGAUUAUUUUAGUCGACUGGUCUAUAAGGGCAUCAGUAUCGGCGUCCUCAACCAAGGUCGUUAGGAAUUAAAACAUUUAAAAUAAAUCAAAAUUACAUAAAACCGAAGCAAACGUAUGUUAAUUAAGAAGUUUUUAUAUCGCAUCCUUAAGGGCACGUGUCAUCGUGGGAGGGGAAGCACGUUUUAGGGUUGGGAAAGCGAAAUAAACCGUGUCGAAGUCAUUCUCAUCCUCUCCCUUCUCUCUCUCUCGACGGCGAUUUCAACCCAAUCAAACACCUCUCUCGGUGUAGCUGCCUCCGUCGCUGUCUCCCUCGAUAUCUCCGAGGAUCUCUCCGUCGCUGUCUCCCUUGAUCUCUCAGUGGAUCUCUCCGUCCAUCUCGCCGUCUAUUCUCUCCCUCGAUCUCUCCGUCCAUCUCUCGGCGUAGCUGUCUCCGUCGCAGUCUCCCUCGAUCACUCCACCGAUCUCUCCGCCGAUUCGAAUCUUUACCAGGCAAUGGGAUUGGAUUAUUCGUACACGCAGCCGUCUGAGUCGGAGGAUUGCGGUUUAGGAGGUUCAGCAGACAGUGGAAACAUCUCUACAGAGAUGUAUCUCCAGCUGGACCAAGCUCAGAUCGAAGCCGCGCGCCAUCAGUACCCUCCGCAGCCUGAAGUGGAGUUUGGCUUCCCCAAAGAGUGCUACUGUGGUGGAGAGCCACUUGUAGCCACUUCUUACACAAGAACUGACCCGGGGAGAAGGUUCUACACCUGCAAGAACAAACAGGACGGAGACUGCCAUGUCUACAAGUGGUGGGACGUCGCGGCUACAGAGGAGAUCAAAGCACUUGGUGCACAAGUGACCCUCCUCACUGAUAAGGUAGAUUCGCUUUCAUUCGUCGGUUACAAGGAGACCGAGCUGCGGGAGUUAAAGGAAGUUCAAUUUGAUGUGGAGCAGAAAUUGGUUAGGUUGGAGAGCAUUGUCUGUGACUUAGGUAGAAAGAAAUCUAGAUUUGAACUAGUUGUAGGUGUUCUGGUUGUUGUGUUAGUGAUAAUAGCCAUCGGAGUAGCUGCUCGUAUGUAGGUUUAUAUGUCUUGUGUUUAUCCAUGUGUUUUGUUAAAUCUAGUUUAACUCGGAUUAUGUAACCCUAUCUAACUCGGAUUUAAUCUUGUUUCAAAGUCUUGAUUCAUUAUUUUUAUCAAAACUCUUACUUCAUUCAAAAAUUGAACUUGUUUCAACUAAAAGAAAAACGUGUGUGAUCAUGUACCUACUCUCCCAACUACUUUUAGUUGUAAUAUUGAGAAAACGUGUUUUUACAUAUACCUAUUCAAAUAACUAAAAUUAGUUGUAAUAUGAGAAAACGUGUUUGGUUCACAUAUUGUAUAGCUAUAAAUAUAACAUGUCUUUCAAUUACAGAGUCAUAACUUUCCAUUGUCGAUUCACUUCUAAAACAAUCACAACCACUUCUCAUUAAUUUAUAAUGGCUUCUUCACCCUAUUAUGAUUAUCAUAAAGAUGAUGAUGAUGAGAUCGAUCUUGAUACUCCUUAUGAAGAAUUUUAUAACAAUUGUGCUCUCGUACAAGAACCAGAAGAUAGACAACGCCGUAAUGUUCAUGAGAGACACCGGGAAGAAGGCCACACCUUGCUUUGGAAUGAUUAUUUUGCCGACAAUCCAACUUACUCUCCCGCUCUUUUCCGCCGACGGUUUCGAAUGAACAAAAGUUUGUUCCUGCGUAUUGUGAAUCGUUUCUCCACAGAGAUUCCGUAUUUUUGACUAACAGAAGAUUGUACCGGACGGACAAGUCUCACACCUCUACAAAAAGGUACUGCAGCAAUUCGACAAUUGGCAUACGGUGCUGCGGCGGACUCGGUGGACGAAUAUAUCCGUCUAGGAGAAUCAACGGCUCGAAAAUGUUUGCACAAAUUUACCACCGGAAUAAUAACCUUGUUUGGCGAAGAAUAUCUACGACGUCCAACACAGGAGGAUCUGCAAAGACUACUACAUAUCGGAGAACAACGUGGAUUUCCGGGGAUGCUUGGAAGCAUCGACUGUAUGCAUUGGGAGUGGAAGAAUUGUCCCACGGCUUGGAAAGGAAUGUACUCACGAGGAACCGAAAAACCGACAAUUGUGUUGGAGGCCGUAGCUUCGUAUGACCUUUGGAUAUGGCAUGCGUUUUUUGGAGCACCAGGUACUAUGAACGAUCUAAAUAUUCUUGAUCGAU